UAGCUCGAGCGAGGAAGUGAGCGUGGUUGCCCUGCAAUCAGGUAGAAGUGACGACUACGGCUUGAAUUUUUCGUGAAUAUAACGCACGAAAACUGCGCUGGCCAGACCACUGGACACCUGCGAUCACAUUUUCGCAAACACGGAAGAGAAGAGCAGCCGUAUGUCCUCAUCGUUGCCUUCCUCGUCGCGGUGUCCAGAGACCGAAGAUGCUCUUCGUAUCGUGUCCUCUGACACUGAGCCUUCAGAAUCAAAUGCAAUCAACGACCAGCCAGCAUUUGUAAACUCGGGUCUCGAGGCCGAAAACGAUGCCGACGCGCUGUCCAGGGACGAUCGAGCACCGUCUCCGAGAAGCCCUGAAGCGGUAACAGACUCCGAGGACGAACCUACGUGGGGCGGCGUCUUCCUCGAUGCGACCACUGGUUACCGCGACGGGGGCAGCGCAGCUAUGUGCCGGAUCUGCCACGAAGGCGACCAAAAGGAACAGCUCGCACGUCCCUGCAGCUGUUCUGGAACCGUAGGCUUCGUGCAUAUGUCCUGUCUGGAGCACUGGCUUAAUCAGCGGAACGUGGACUUCUGCGAACUCUGCGGUCAGCGUUUCCGGACGGUCGCCCAGCCUAUGACAGCGCUCUGGUUCUUCCAUUGGGUAUCACAUAACGCGGGACAGCUGCAGCGAGCAUUUCUCUGCGACCUGCUCGGAUUAGUCAUGCUGAUACUCGUCGCUGUGUGCGUGUUUUGCCUGCUGUCGAGAGUGUCACUUCAAUCGGACAGCGUCACCUGGUACGUCGUCUUUCUCUAUGCGGUAAGCAUCGUCUCUCUCAGUGUUUACGUGGUUUAUGCGCUCAGCAGGGCACGUAUUCAGUACCGUCAGAUCCUGGCGUGGCAGGCGGCACAUCCGAUGCGCCGGAUCAUGGUGGAGCUUCCGCCAGGGCAGUAACCUUUGGCCGUACAGAACGCAACGACUCGCGGACAGCCGGCGAGCCAGAGAGAUCCGGAAGUUGUCGUCGCGACAAGCGUCAACAAAAAAGAACCAGUGAUGCAGCGUCAACAUGGCUGCCGCAAAUGCAAGCCGUUUGAAAUGCCGCCAAAAAGGUUUUGCAAGAAAACCGCUCAGUGGCUGCUGCAGACCAGCUGCCAGUUUGAGGUGCUCGGAGACAUGUGUACAUCACUGUUUGAAUGAGUCAGUGUUGCUAAUGCUUUAUGAGCAUUCUAGUUCCUGAAUUUGAGGAUGUCGUGUCAUUUGCUAUGUAAAUUUAUUUGAAAGUUGUGUUCUAGAUAAUCAUGUCAUUUUGCACGGUUUUAGUAUUUUUAAUGUUCCGCUGUCGUCCAAAUAAAAUCCUAGAUGCAGAGCGAAGUUGUAUAUGACUAGUUGGUGGAAUUUCGCUGUGUCCACCGACAGGAAACCCCCCCAAUUAAGUGCAA